GACUGGGACGGCGUCUUGACAUUCAUUUUACCCGACCAAAUCCUUCCCCACCACACAAUCCAGCUACAGUUGAUGAAACAGCAGCAUGUCACUCUACAGCAUCUGUGUACAAGCGUUCCUUUUCAUAAGCAUCCUGCCUGUCUGCGCACCCUCAGGUGGUUCAUCUGAAAGUAGACUUCGCAAGAUUAUCAUGAAACAAGAAGUCAAGGAGCUGGAAUCCAGGCCUAAAGUGCAGAUUGCAGUGUCUCAGUCCAAGGCUAAAGAGUUUCUUUCAGCUCUUCACAGGUCUAAGAGAAACGUGUGGGAUCGCAGUCGCCCUGACGUGCAGCAAUGGAUCCAGCAGUUCAUGUACAUGGGCUAUGAUGAGGCAAGACUUGAGACUGAUCUCUCCUAUUGGAUGGACCAAGCCAGAUCACAUGACCAGGGCCGGCAGCAUCAUCACGAUGAAAAUGCACCUAUGAGCCAACAGGACCCCAGCUCCUACAGACAUGGAGCUAAUGUCAAUUAUGAUUAUUAUUGAAGCCCACUUCUGCCUUCUCCAAGAGCUUAAAGUGACAGUUCACCCAAAAAUGAAUUAUCGUACUGUAUUGUUUUAAACCCAUAUACAAUAAAUGUCUUUCUUCCGUGGUGCACAAAAGGGGAUGUUAGGCAGAAUGUUAGGUGCUGAUAGCCUGAGUCCCCCCCAUAUAAUGAAAGUUAAUGGGGACUGAAGCUAUCAGUACUUAACAUUCUGCCUAAUCUUCUCUUGUGUUUAACAGAAGAAAAAAUAAAUAAAACAGGUUUGGAAAGACACGAGGGUGUGACCGAUUAUUAUUUAUUGUUUUACACAUUGGAGACCUUUCGUGGACUUGUAAAUAAUUCCAUUGCCCUACUGCAAUGUGCACACAACAUGACCUGAUAAUAACAUCAUCUGAGUUCUUAGUUUUGUCUCUUUUUUUAGUAAGUGAGCAGGUUUAUGUGAUUGUCAAGAUCAACAUCAAAUCAAAAUGUGAAAGAAAUCCACAGUGUAUUGAAAAUGGGAGUGCUUGUUUUUCAAGUUCAAUUUUGUAUUACAUCCUGAAAACAGUAUUGUUUAAAUAUAAUGUGAGUGGCUACAUCUUAAAUAAAACGUUUAAGUGAUAGUU